GGGUGGAUAGGGUGGAUAGGUACAUUUGCAUCACCUGACUCCAGGUGAUCCUGAAUAAAUAUUUGCUGAUUGAGGGGAGACUGUGACUGAGCAGUAUCGACAUUUUCGGAUUUACCAAGAAGUCUGGACAGUCAUUUGGUUAAUAGGAAAUUGUCCUGUUCAUUUCUGAUCCGAGGUGUUUGAUAAGAGGCAGAACUAUGGAGUAUCCUCUGGUGUGGGUUCUCAUCUUGGUGCUGCUUAACUACACUACAGAUGUCUCUGGCCAGGUGGUGGUUCCCUCGAUGAACCCCUUAGCUGUGGGCAGUAAUGUCACCCUGAACCUAGUUCCUCAAAGCCCCAUCAACAUAGGGACCUGGUCAUAUGAAACUACAAUCAUCGUCCUUUUCUAUCCUAUUGGCAGUAGUGUGAGUACAAGUUAUCAAGGCAGAGUCUCAUUCAACCGUUCCUCCUCAGAGCUGUCCAUAAGCUCUCUCCAACUCAACGACUCAGGACGAUAUACCGUGCAGGGAAUGGAGCCAGUCCUGAAAGCUGUGGUGACUUUGUCUGUCCAGGAGCCCAUUUCAAACGUGACUCUAAGGGCCAACGCCACUGAUCUAGUGGAAUUGAACGACACUGCCAUGUUCACCUGCUCUGUCUCCUCUGGCACCUCCCUCUCCUACCGCUGGCUGAAUGGCAGCUCAGAGGUCACAGCUAGUGACAGAGUUCGGCUUGGUGGUGGGAACAGCACUCUCACCAUAGUCAGUGUGACACGAUACGAUGAAGGGCCGUUCAGAUGUGAGGUCAUCAAUGGAAUCAGCAAUGGCACCAGCCAGCCCAUUGGCCUCAAUGUUAGAUAUGGCCCAAGUAACCUCACCAUGAUGGUAGUUCCUGAGAUGACCAGAGGACAUACAGCCUACAAGACAGGCUCUGACAUCACUCUGUUCUGCUCCGCUCAGUCCAAACCCGCUGAGUCCUACAAGUGGAGGUUUAAUGGGAUGUUCCUCAACGAGCAAAGCCCACAGCUCAGCCUGCAGAACACCAGAGAGAACCAGACAGGAAGUUACGCCUGCUUAGCCUACAACAAUGUCACACUCCGAUACGCCACCAUGAGCACAAUGAUAAAGGUUGUGGAGCCGAUAUCAGCGGUUUCGUUGAACCGUGAUGGGAAGCCACCGAUACUGGAUCAGUCGUUCACUCUGCGGUGUGAGGUGACUGGACCUGUAAACUACAUUAUAUGGCUGAUGAAUGGCCAGCUCAUCUCCCUAAAUAACAGAACAUUCUUCUCUACGGACAACAACACAAUGGUUAUCAACCCAAUCCAAUUUUCUGACAAUGGAGAAUAUCUCUGUGAGGCCUUUAAUGCUGUUAGCAACCUGACCAGCAUAGCAUACAAUCAUGUGGUGAACUUUGGACCAGAGAGGCCUGCUAUAACUAGUCCGGAUAUAGCAAUGACAGGACACAUCGUGACCUUCAAUUGCUCAGCCUCCUCUCAGCCUCCCAGCCAGUUCAGCUGGUUCUUCAAUGGCUCCCAGAUGGCGGCUGGCUCAGUGUAUGAGACUGGCCCACUGACCUUAGCCAGUAAUGGAGAGUACACCUGUGUGGCCUUCAACAACAUCACUGGCAGAAACAGAACUGUCUCCAAGAUGCUCACCAUCAUUGUUCCAGUAACCACGUCCACGGUUAAAGUCAUUGGUGCCCAGCCAAUUGCAGACUACAUGUUUACUCUGACUUGUGAGACAUCUGGAACCAUUUACUCCAUUCAGUGGAUGAGGAACGGCUGGCCUCUGUAUGCUGACAACAGAACAGACUUCUCUAUGAACAACAAUACACUGACAUUCAACUCUGUCCAGCAUUCUGACAACGGAGACUAUCAGUGUUCUGCCUCCAACCCCUUCAGCAACAUGACCAGCCCAUACUACAAACUGAUCGUCAACUAUGGACCGGAGAUGCCAAUAAUAACAGGACCAGCAUUAGGAGAAACAGGACACAGCGUGACCUUCAACUGCUCAGCUUCCUCUCAGCCUCUCAGCCAGUUCAGCUGGUUCUUCAAUGGCUCCCAGGUGGCAACUGGCUCAAAGUAUGAUACAGGCCCACUGACUUUAGCCAGUCAUGGGGAGUACACCUGUGUGGCCUUCAACAACAUCACUAUCAGAAACAGAACUGUCUCCAAGAUGCUCACUGUCGUUGCACCUGUGACCAUGACAAUGGUGAAAGUCAUUGGAGCCCAGCCAAUACUGAACGAGAGAUUCUCUCUGACCUGUGGCACCGCUGGAACGGUUUACUCCAUUCAGUGGAUGAGGAACGGCUGGCCUCUGUAUGCUGACAACAGAACAGACUUCUAUAUGAACAACAAUACACUGACAUUCAACUCUGUCCAGCAUUCUGACAAAGGAGACUAUCAGUGUUCUGCCUCCAACCCCUUCAGCAACAUGACCAGCCCAUACUACAAACUGAUCGUCAACUAUGGACCGGAGAUGCCAAUAAUAACAGGACCAGCAUUAGGAGAAACAGGACACAGCGUGACCUUCAACUGCUCAGCUUCCUCUCAGCCUCCCAGCCAGUUCAGCUGGUUCUUCAAUGGCUCCCAGAUGGCGGCUGGCUCAGUGUAUGAGACUGGCCCACUGGCCUUAGCCAAUAAUGGAGAGUACACCUGUGUGGCCUUCAACAACAUCACUGGCAGAAACAGAACUGUCUCCAAGAUGCUCACCAUCAUUGUUCCAGUAACCACGUCCACGGUUAAAGUCAUUGGUGCCCAGCCAAUUGCAGACUACAUGUUUACUCUGACUUGUGAGACAUCUGGAACCAUUUACUCCAUUCAGUGGAUGAGGAACGGCUGGCCUCUGUACGCUGACAACAGAACAGACUUCUCUAUGAACAACAAUACACUGACAUUCAACUCUGUCCAGCAUUCUGACAACGGAGACUAUCAGUGUUCUGCCUCCAACCCCUUCAGCAACAUGACCAGCCCAUACUACAAACUGAUCGUCAACUAUGGACCGGAGAUGCCAAUAAUAACAGGACCAGCAUUAGGAGAAACAGGACACAGCGUGACCUUCAACUGCUCAGCUUCCUCUCAGCCUCUCAGCCAGUUCAGCUGGUUCUUCAAUGGCUCCCAGGUGGCAACUGGCUCAAAGUAUGAUACAGGCCCACUGACUUUAGCCAGUCAUGGGGAGUACACCUGUGUGGCCUUCAACAACAUCACUAUCAGAAACAGAACUGUCUCCAAGAUGCUCACUGUCGUUGCACCUGUGACCAUGACAAUGGUGAAAGUCAUUGGAGCCCAGCCAAUACUGAACGAGAGAUUCUCUCUGACCUGUGGCACCGCUGGAACGGUUUACUCCAUUCAGUGGAUGAGGAACGGCUGGCCUCUGUAUGCUAGCAACAGAACAGACUUCUAUAUGAACAACAAUACACUGACAUUCAACUCUGUCCAGCAUUCUGACAAAGGAGACUAUCAGUGUUCUGCCUCCAACCCCUUCAGCAACAUGACCAGCCCAUACUACAAACUGAUCGUCAACUAUGGACCGGAGAUGCCAAUAAUAACAGGACCAGCAUUAGGAGAAACAGGACACAGCGUGACCUUCAACUGCUCAGCUUCCUCUCAGCCUCUCAGCCAGUUCAGCUGGUUCUUCAAUGGCUCCCAGGUGGCAACUGGCUCAAAGUAUGAUACAGGCCCACUGACCUUAGCCAGUCAUGGGGAGUACACCUGUGUGGCCUUCAACAACAUCACUGUCAGAAACAGCACUGUUUCCAAGAUGCUCAUUGUCAUUGCACCUGUGACCAUGACAAUGGUGAAAGUCAUUGGAGCCCAGCCAAUACUGAACGAGAGAUUCUCUCUGACCUGUGGCACCGCUGGAACGGUUUACUCCAUUCAGUGGAUGAGGAACGGCUGGCCUCUGUAUGCUAGCAACAGAACAGACUUCUCUAUGAACAACAAUACACUGACAUUCAACUCUGUCCAGCAUUCUGACAAAGGAGACUAUCAGUGUUCUGCCUCCAACCCCUUCAGCAACAUGACCAGCCCAUACUACAAACUGAUCGUCAACUAUGGACCGGAGAUGCCAAUAAUAACAGGACCAGCAUUAGGAGAAACAGGACACAGCGUGACCUUCAACUGCUCAGCUUCCUCUCAGCCUCUCAGCCAGUUCAGCUGGUUCUUCAAUGGCUCCCAGGUGGCAACUGGCUCAAAGUAUGAUACAGGCCCACUGACCUUAGCCAGUCAUGGGGAGUACACCUGUGUGGCCUUCAACAACAUCACUGUCAGAAACAGCACUGUUUCCAAGAUGCUCAUUGUCAUUGCACCUGUGACCAUGACAAUGGUGAAAGUCAUUGGAGCCCAGCCAAUACUGAACGAGAGAUUCUCUCUGACCUGUGGCACCGCUGGAACGGUUUACUCCAUUCAGUGGAUGAGGAACGGCUGGCCUCUGUAUGCUAGCAACAGAACAGACUUCUCUAUGAACAACAAUACACUGACAUUCAACUCUGUCCAGCAUUCUGACAAAGGAGACUAUCAGUGUUCUGCCUCCAACCCCUUCAGCAACAUGACCAGCCCAUACUACAAACUGAUCGUCAACUAUGGACCGGAGAUGCCAAUAAUAACAGGACCAGCAUUAGGAGAAACAGGACACAGCGUGACCUUCAACUGCUCAGCUUCCUCUCAGCCUCUCAGCCAGUUCAGCUGGUUCUUCAAUGGCUCCCAGGUGGCAACUGGCUCAAAGUAUGAUACAGGCCCACUGACCUUAGCCAGUCAUGGGGAGUACACCUGUGUGGCCUUCAACAACAUCACUGUCAGAAACAGCACUGUUUCCAAGAUGCUCAUUGUCAUUGCACCUGUGACCAUGACAAUGGUGAAAGUCAUUGGAGCCCAGCCAAUACUGAACGAGAGAUUCUCUCUGACCUGUGGCACCGCUGGAACGGUUUACUCCAUUCAGUGGAUGAGGAACGGCUGGCCUCUGUAUGCUAGCAACAGAACAGACUUCUCUAUGAACAACAAUACACUGACAUUCAACUCUGUCCAGCAUUCUGACAAAGGAGACUAUCAGUGUUCUGCCUCCAACCCCUUCAGCAACAUGACCAGCCCAUACUACAAACUGAUCGUCAACUAUGGACCGGAGAUGCCAAUAAUAACAGGACCAGCAUUAGGAGAAACAGGACACAGCGUGACCUUCAACUGCUCAGCUUCCUCUCAGCCUCUCAGCCAGUUCAGCUGGUUCUUCAAUGGCUCCCAGGUGGCAACUGGCUCAAAGUAUGAUACAGGCCCACUGACCUUAGCCAGUCAUGGGGAGUACACCUGUGUGGCCUUCAACAACAUCACUGUCAGAAACAGCACUGUUUCCAAGAUGCUCAUUGUCAUUGCACCUGUGACCAUGACAAUGGUGAAAGUCAUUGGAGCCCAGCCAAUACUGAACGAGAGAUUCUCUCUGACCUGUGGCACCGCUGGAACGGUUUACUCCAUUCAGUGGAUGAGGAACGGCUGGCCUCUGUAUGCUAGCAACAGAACAGACUUCUCUAUGAACAACAAUACACUGACAUUCAACUCUGUCCAGCAUUCUGACAAAGGAGACUAUCAGUGUUCUGCCUCCAACCCCUUCAGCAACAUGACCAGCCCAUACUACAAACUGAUCGUCAACUAUGGACCGGAGAUGCCAAUAAUAACAGGACCAGCAUUAGGAGAAACAGGACACAGCGUGACCUUCAACUGCUCAGCUUCCUCUCAGCCUCUCAGCCAGUUCAGCUGGUUCUUCAAUGGCUCCCAGGUGGCAACUGGCUCAAAGUAUGAUACAGGCCCACUGACCUUAGCCAGUCAUGGGGAGUACACCUGUGUGGCCUUCAACAACAUCACUGUCAGAAACAGCACUGUUUCCAAGAUGCUCAUUGUCAUUGCACCUGUGACCAUGACAAUGGUGAAAGUCAUUGGAGCCCAGCCAAUACUGAACGAGAGAUUCUCUCUGACCUGUGGCACCGCUGGAACGGUUUACUCCAUUCAGUGGAUGAGGAACGGCUGGCCUCUGUAUGCUAGCAACAGAACAGACUUCUCUAUGAACAACAAUACACUGACAUUCAACUCUGUCCAGCAUUCUGACAAAGGAGACUAUCAGUGUUCUGCCUCCAACCCCUUCAGCAACAUGACCAGCCCAUACUACAAACUGAUCGUCAACUAUGGACCGGAGAUGCCAAUAAUAACAGGACCAGCAUUAGGAGAAACAGGACACAGCGUGACCUUCAACUGCUCAGCUUCCUCUCAGCCUCUCAGCCAGUUCAGCUGGUUCUUCAAUGGCUCCCAGGUGGCAACUGGCUCAAAGUAUGAUACAGGCCCACUGACCUUAGCCAGUCAUGGGGAGUACACCUGUGUGGCCUUCAACAACAUCACUGUCAGAAACAGCACUGUUUCCAAGAUGCUCAUUGUCAUUGCACCUGUGACCAUGACAAUGGUGAAAGUCAUUGGAGCCCAGCCAAUACUGAACGAGAGAUUCUCUCUGACCUGUGGCACCGCUGGAACGGUUUACUCCAUUCAGUGGAUGAGGAACGGCUGGCCUCUGUAUGCUAGCAACAGAACAGACUUCUCUAUGAACAACAAUACACUGACAUUCAACUCUGUCCAGCAUUCUGACAAAGGAGACUAUCAGUGUUCUGCCUCCAACCCCUUCAGCAACAUGACCAGCCCAUACUACAAACUGAUCGUCAACUAUGGACCGGAGAUGCCAAUAAUAACAGGACCAGCAUUAGGAGAAACAGGACACAGCGUGACCUUCAACUGCUCAGCUUCCUCUCAGCCUCUCAGCCAGUUCAGCUGGUUCUUCAAUGGCUCCCAGGUGGCAACUGGCUCAAAGUAUGAUACAGGCCCACUGACCUUAGCCAGUCAUGGGGAGUACACCUGUGUGGCCUUCAACAACAUCACUGUCAGAAACAGCACUGUUUCCAAGAUGCUCAUUGUCAUUGCACCUGUGACCAUGACAAUGGUGAAAGUCAUUGGAGCCCAGCCAAUACUGAACGAGAGAUUCUCUCUGACCUGUGGCACCGCUGGAACGGUUUACUCCAUUCAGUGGAUGAGGAACGGCUGGCCUCUGUAUGCUAGCAACAGAACAGACUUCUCUAUGAACAACAAUACACUGACAUUCAACUCUGUCCAGCAUUCUGACAAAGGAGACUAUCAGUGUUCUGCCUCCAACCCCUUCAGCAACAUGACCAGCCCAUACUACAAACUGAUCGUCAACUAUGGACCGGAGAUGCCAAUAAUAACAGGACCAGCAUUAGGAGAAACAGGACACAGCGUGACCUUCAACUGCUCAGCUUCCUCUCAGCCUCUCAGCCAGUUCAGCUGGUUCUUCAAUGGCUCCCAGGUGGCAACUGGCUCAAAGUAUGAUACAGGCCCACUGACCUUAGCCAGUCAUGGGGAGUACACCUGUGUGGCCUUCAACAACAUCACUGUCAGAAACAGCACUGUUUCCAAGAUGCUCAUUGUCAUUGCACCUGUGACCAUGACAAUGGUGAAAGUCAUUGGAGCCCAGCCAAUACUGAACGAGAGAUUCUCUCUGACCUGUGGCACCGCUGGAACGGUUUACUCCAUUCAGUGGAUGAGGAACGGCUGGCCUCUGUAUGCUAGCAACAGAACAGACUUCUCUAUGAACAACAAUACACUGACAUUCAACUCUGUCCAGCAUUCUGACAAAGGAGACUAUCAGUGUUCUGCCUCCAACCCCUUCAGCAACAUGACCAGCCCAUACUACAAACUGAUCGUCAACUAUGGACCGGAGAUGCCAAUAAUAACAGGACCAGCAUUAGGAGAAACAGGACACAGCGUGACCUUCAACUGCUCAGCUUCCUCUCAGCCUCUCAGCCAGUUCAGCUGGUUCUUCAAUGGCUCCCAGGUGGCAACUGGCUCAAAGUAUGAUACAGGCCCACUGACCUUAGCCAGUCAUGGGGAGUACACCUGUGUGGCCUUCAACAACAUCACUGUCAGAAACAGCACUGUUUCCAAGAUGCUCAUUGUCAUUGCACCUGUGACCAUGACAAUGGUGAAAGUCAUUGGAGCCCAGCCAAUACUGAACGAGAGAUUCUCUCUGACCUGUGGCACCGCUGGAACGGUUUACUCCAUUCAGUGGAUGAGGAACGGCUGGCCUCUGUAUGCUAGCAACAGAACAGACUUCUCUAUGAACAACAAUACACUGACAUUCAACUCUGUCCAGCAUUCUGACAAAGGAGACUAUCAGUGUUCUGCCUCCAACCCCUUCAGCAACAUGACCAGCCCAUACUACAAACUGAUCGUCAACUAUGGACCGGAGAUGCCAAUAAUAACAGGACCAGCAUUAGGAGAAACAGGACACAGCGUGACCUUCAACUGCUCAGCUUCCUCUCAGCCUCUCAGCCAGUUCAGCUGGUUCUUCAAUGGCUCCCAGGUGGCAACUGGCUCAAAGUAUGAUACAGGCCCACUGACCUUAGCCAGUCAUGGGGAGUACACCUGUGUGGCCUUCAACAACAUCACUGUCAGAAACAGCACUGUUUCCAAGAUGCUCAUUGUCAUUGCACCUGUGACCAUGACAAUGGUGAAAGUCAUUGGAGCCCAGCCAAUACUGAACGAGAGAUUCUCUCUGACCUGUGGCACCGCUGGAACGGUUUACUCCAUUCAGUGGAUGAGGAACGGCUGGCCUCUGUAUGCUAGCAACAGAACAGACUUCUCUAUGAACAACAAUACACUGACAUUCAACUCUGUCCAGCAUUCUGACAAAGGAGACUAUCAGUGUUCUGCCUCCAACCCCUUCAGCAACAUGACCAGCCCAUACUACAAACUGAUCGUCAACUAUGGACCGGAGAUGCCAAUAAUAACAGGACCAGCAUUAGGAGAAACAGGACACAGCGUGACCUUCAACUGCUCAGCUUCCUCUCAGCCUCUCAGCCAGUUCAGCUGGUUCUUCAAUGGCUCCCAGGUGGCAACUGGCUCAAAGUAUGAUACAGGCCCACUGACCUUAGCCAGUCAUGGGGAGUACACCUGUGUGGCCUUCAACAACAUCACUGUCAGAAACAGCACUGUUUCCAAGAUGCUCAUUGUCAUUGCACCUGUGACCAUGACAAUGGUGAAAGUCAUUGGAGCCCAGCCAAUACUGAACGAGAGAUUCUCUCUGACCUGUGGCACCGCUGGAACGGUUUACUCCAUUCAGUGGAUGAGGAACGGCUGGCCUCUGUAUGCUAGCAACAGAACAGACUUCUCUAUGAACAACAAUACACUGACAUUCAACUCUGUCCAGCAUUCUGACAAAGGAGACUAUCAGUGUUCUGCCUCCAACCCCUUCAGCAACAUGACCAGCCCAUACUACAAACUGAUCGUCAACUAUGGACCGGAGAUGCCAAUAAUAACAGGACCAGCAUUAGGAGAAACAGGACACAGCGUGACCUUCAACUGCUCAGCUUCCUCUCAGCCUCUCAGCCAGUUCAGCUGGUUCUUCAAUGGCUCCCAGGUGGCAACUGGCUCAAAGUAUGAUACAGGCCCACUGACCUUAGCCAGUCAUGGGGAGUACACCUGUGUGGCCUUCAACAACAUCACUGUCAGAAACAGCACUGUUUCCAAGAUGCUCAUUGUCAUUGCACCUGUGACCAUGACAAUGGUGAAAGUCAUUGGAGCCCAGCCAAUACUGAACGAGAGAUUCUCUCUGACCUGUGGCACCGCUGGAACGGUUUACUCCAUUCAGUGGAUGAGGAACGGCUGGCCUCUGUAUGCUGACAACAGAACAGACUUCUCUAUGAACAACAAUACACUGACAUUCAACUCUGUCCAGCAUUCUGACAAAGGAGACUAUCAGUGUUCUGCCUCCAACCCCUUCAGCAACAUGACCAGCCCAUACUACAAACUGAUCGUCAACUAUGGACCGGAGAUGCCAAUAAUAACAGGACCAGCAUUAGGAGAAACAGGACACAGCGUGACCUUCAACUGCUCAGCCUCCUCUCAGCCUCUCAGCCAGUUCAGCUGGUUCUUCAAUGGCUUCCAGGUGGCAACUGCCUCAGAGUAUGAUACUGGCCCACUGACUUUAGCCAGUCAUGGGGAGUACACCUGUGUGGCCUUCAACAACAUUACUGGCAUAAACAGCACUGCUUCAAAGAUGCUCACUGUCGUUGGCCACUCGCCUGCCCCUCCAUUCCAGUCCAGAGUUGGUCUGAUGCUGACGGCCCUGUUAGCCCUCUCUCUCUGCCUCUGAUCAACCACUGAGACCCCCAGAGUAUGCACACUGCAUGUCUGUCUGCUGGCUGGGAGCCAAUCACUCCCUUCCCUCUACCCUCACUGACUCCCCUUGCUGAUCUGAAAAAGGGCUGGAUAGAAAUAAGUAGUAUUGUCAAUACUGUAAUUGCCUCAUCUCACCACCAUAGGGCUGAGGUCAGAUGAGAGGGGCCUAUCCCCUUAGAAUAGAACCCACCUCUACAAUGUGUUUUUAUGUCAAUCAUCUCUACAAACAUAUUUUCUUUUUUAAAACUAAAGUCUUGAAAACUGGUCUUCAACAAGGUAAUUGAAGGCGCAAAGAUUCGCUGCUCAGUUGUGCUGCCUAUUUCUGAUUGUAAUUAAAUGUUCUUAGAUAUUCACUGCCCUUGUGACUGUGACUGUUGCCCUGGAGUCCAUUCACUGAGUCCCUUUCUGUGUUGUUCUGUGUUUGAUCAUGUAUGUAAACUCUGUUAUUUAAGUACACAUUUAGGUUUAAUUAACUUGUAAAUACCUUAAAGGUAAAACAUUUAAAUUGAUAGUACAGUUAACUGGUGUUUAUGUAAAAUAUGACUUGUUUUUGCAUAAGCUUGUAAAUUCUCGGAGGAGAAGCAGGCUUGUGCUGUUGUCUUAUGUUUAUAUUUCCUCUUCAUUAAUUAUUGUCUUAAAUAAAGUGUUGUCUUUUCACACCUGUCCUA